CUGGGUGGGUUGUAACAGUGUGUGAGGGUCCCCUAUAGAAUUUAUUAGGGCUAAAUAUUUUUCUUUCUCAUUUUCCAUGUUGUUUUGAAAUCCCAUGGCAUGUUUAGACAUGUACAACUCCGAGCACAAAGGUCAUUGCCCUCCCAUGAGCCCUAGAAUCUCCUUUUCUAAUGAUUUUGUUGAUUCCCAACAGAUUAUGAAGCAAGAAAGGAGCUCAAGAGAGACCCCAGUGUCCACUGACUUUGAAUUCUCAGUGACAAACUACUCCAUGAUGAGUGCCGAUGAGCUUUUCUUCAAGGGCAGGCUCUUGCCAUUCAAAGAUAAUGGCAGCAACCAAAUGCAAAGGACUAUUAGAGAUGAACUUCUUGUUGACGAUGAUGAGGGUGAUGAAGUUUCACCGAGGCCACCUAAAGGUUCUACAAGGUGGAAAGGGCUCCUGGGCCUAAAGAGAAGCCACAUUGGCUCCAAGAAAGUUGAUAAGAGUGAAGGGUCUAUGGAGAGAUCAGUUGGUGAAAGUAGAAGGUCCGGUUUUGUCCAUGAGGAAGUGCAACAUAGCAAGAGUUCACAGGAGAUUGUGAGUGAAGGAGGAUCAAGUUGCAGAGACGUGGAGAUUGGAAUAUAGUGAGUGAUCUGUACUUUGGUUAGAGUGGAAUGACAUUAAUUUUUUGGAAGAGGAAGAUGAUGGUGAUUUUCUUCUAUUUUUAGCAGGAGGUUUGGAAAAAACUUUUAGAGAUCUUGAUUUGUGUUAGUUUGGUCGGUUAUCAAACUUUGAUUAACCUUAAUUUCUCAUUUGUUUUUUGAGCUCUGCUGUCCUUAUCAUCUCCUACAAGUUGGUGUUUUGGCUGUUUUCUUGUACAAAAUGUUUGCAGUUGAAAUAUUGCAAGAAUUCCUCU